AUGAAUAAGGAUAAUUAAAUACAAACUUACAAUUUUUAAAUAGAUUUAGAAAAAUAUAUUGAUGAUUUUUCAUUUGCAUUUGGACUUUGGAGUAAAUAUUUACCUUUAAGUUGGAUAAGUUAAAUUGGAAAAUUCGGAAUUUUAGACAGUAAUUGCUACCAUUUACAUAGUGCAUAAGACUCAUAAACAAAUGAAGUAAUUUUUUUAUAUUCCGACUGUCUUGAUUAUAAUAAACAGAAAAUAAAAAAGUAGGUAUAAUUUUUUAGUAAUGAUGAAUAAUAUCAUAAUUUUGAAGUUGUAAUUGAUGCAAAUAAUUAUGAAAAUGUAUGGUUUUAUUUUUAAAUUACUGAUUGGCCUCAGUAUGAAUACUUUGAAUUAAUUUUUCUUUAAUAUCCUCAUUUAUUAUCUAAAAAAGUAUUAUAAAUUAAAUAUCCGUAUAAUACAAAUAAAUUGCUCUUAACAUUCGGAGGAGGCUUAUAUAUUGAAUCUCUGCAAUAAUUUGAAAAUGAUAUUUCAAAUAAAAUAUAUACCUAUUAUCCUGGUAAAUUUUACUUAAGCCCAUUGACAGAAAUUUCAAGACCUAUUUUAACAUAUGAUUCUCAGAUAUCAGCAUUAUCUGUAUUCGAACCUAUAAAUAACUGCUUAUGUCAAUCAAAUCUAAAUUCUCAAUUUAAAAAAUAAUAAUUACUAACUCAAUUUCAAAAAGAAUUAUUUACUUCUGAAAAUGCUAAUUGUGCAUCAUUUGGAUUAUAAGGAUGGUUAAAAAUAAAAGAAAUCCAUCAAAUAGAUGAUGUAUUUGAUUAUAAAUUUAUGAAAAUGAACAAAUUUAGUUAAAAUUAAAAAUUAAAUGAUGACAAUUUGUCUGCAUUUUAAUUAAUUUAUAAGAUAUCAAAAUAUUAAUUUAAGAUAUUAAUAUUGACAUAUAGUUAUUCAUUUCCAAGUGUAAAUAUUGAUUAAAUUAAUAAUUCUUUUUUAAUUAAGAAGGAAAUAAAAAUUAUAAAUAAUAUUUACUUAUGGCAUAGUUUAUAAGUGUAUCUAUUAAAUAAUAAUUUAUAAAUAAAAAUUAGAUUUUAUGAAGGAGAUAAUAUAUAUUUGUAUGAAGAAUAAAUUAAUGUUUAUCACUUUAAUGAAGUAUAAUUUUAAAUUAAUUAUGGAAAUAUAAAUUAAGAAGCUUACAAUUAUUUAAAUAUUUAGAUUGAAAAUUUAAAUUAUUAUAAUUGUGAUACUUAAUUGAUUGAUAAAAGUUGUCAUCCAAGUUGCGAAAAAUGUGAUGGUCCAACUAAUUCAGAUUGUUUAUCUUGCUCUUAAAUUUCUAAUAGAAUAUAUAUACCACAAUAAAAAGCAUGUAUUUGUAAUUAUAAUGCUAUUGAUUAAGAUUUUUGUUAUUAAAUAGAUAAUUUUCAUUUUUAAGUAUUUAAUUUAUAAUAAGAAGAAUCGAAAUAUUAAAGUAUAUGUCAAUAUGGAUAUUUUUAAUUAGAUUCAUAGAUUUGUAUUAAAUGGUAAAAUAUUUAUUAUUAACUUAUAGUCCUGCAAUAAUUAAACCUAAUUUAAUCACUUGUUUAGAAUGUAUAUUAAAUCCUCUAAAUUGGAAAGAAGAUCCUUAUUGUUAAGAAUCAUUAUAUAUUAUAGAAGAUAAUACAUUUAAUUCAGUACUUGAUGAAAAAAAGUCAUAUUUUAUUUUACCUACAGAAGAAUUAUAAUUAUGUUAAGACUGCACAGCUGCAUAAAUGUAAAAUGAAUUAACACUCUAUAAUUAUUACAUUAAAUAGUUCAAAGUUGCUGAAAGAUUUUGUUAAAAAAGUAAGAGAUUCUAUAACAUAAAUGAUGUAUUAGAAUGUUAUGAUUGCAAUUUAGAUGGUUGUCUUGAGUGUGUUUUAACUGAAUAAGGAUUAAUUUGCAUUCUUUGUUUAGGAAAUUUAAUUGUAAAAAAUGGAUAGUGUUUUGAUUCUUUCAAAACAUAAUUUAUUACUUAAAAUUAAUGUUUACCUCCAUUUUAUAUAUCAUCUACUAGGGGAUGUAAAUUAUGCCAAAUUUAGAAUUGUAAAUAUUGCUUUGAAUAUAAGAAUAAUGAUUUAAAGUCAUGCACAUUAUAUGAUAAUUUUGAGACUUUUGAAGAGGAUGAGUUUCAUUCAGUAGGUUGUUCACUUUGCGAAGAUAAUUUUUUAUUUGAUUUUACUGUUGGUUUAUGUCUAUAUUAAAAACCAAACUUAUAAUAUUGUUUGAGGUCUUUUAUAAAUUUGGAAGGUUCAGAAAUCUGUACACUAUCAUCUGUAGAUGAUUUCAGGAUUGCAUAGGAAAUAAUCAAUUGUGAAAAACUAAUAAAUAAUUGUUUGUAAUGUGUUUUGAUAUCUUCACUUUAAAUUAAAUGUGUAAUUUGUGCUUAAGGUUUUACAAGUUCUUUAACUUCAGGGUUAUGUUAUAGAACUCCAAAUAAUAAUUCUAAAAUAAGUAUUGAAGGUGAUGGAAUGUAGCUGAAUGGUUGGAUCUAAUUAAUUUAGUCUUUUUUAAUGAAUUUUUUACCUAAUUAAUAUUACAAUUAAAUACCACCUGCACAUUUAAUAACUCCAAUUUCAAUAGUUUGUAUUGAUGGAUAUCAAAUAAGUAAUAAAAAUACUUGCAAGAAAUAUUGUUCAUCUGACUGUUUAAUUUGUGAAGAUACUUAAGAUUUGCAAUUUACAUUUUAAUGCAAAAAAUGUUCUUUAGACUAUUAUCGAUUACAUUUUAGAUCUAAAAUUUAAAAUUAGUGUUUAAAAUGUUCACCUCUUUGUUCUAUAUGUCAACCAAGAACUUAAUUAGAAAUUAAAGUAAUUACUUUUUUUUAUUUUCUAAGCUGCUAAAUGGUCAAUUUGAAAUAACUGAUUCAAAUAUCAUUUAUACUCACAAAUGUUUGUAUUAAGCACCAGAUCCUAAUAUAAUUAUUAUUCAAAAUGAGUUAAUACCCCAAUAUUGUUUUGCUUAAAAUUGUUCAUAAUUCUUUUAGUAUGAAGUAAAGAAUUUCAAUAUUUUAGUAUGAGAUUGAUUUUGAAACUGUUCAAUUAAGUUUAUCGUCAGAAUUUCAGCAAUUCUAUGAAAAUGAUAUAAAUACAGACUAUUUAAAUUAAAUAGGUAUUAGAGUGAUGAGAAUUAAUUUCUUAUAUUCUUUGCCUUUAGAAACGUAAUUUAUUAUUCAAGAUUAUUAAAUGAUUAAAAUAGACUCUACUUUGAAAUAAAAAGUAUUUUCAAUAAGAUAAGUUAUCUUUAAUAUAACAAAAUCACAAAUUAUCAAUAAUAUAGUUUAAAUACCCUUAAUAAUUAAUAAUUUUGAUACAAUUGAAAUUUAAAAUAUGAUAUUUAUCAUAAAUAAAGAUUUUUAUUUAAAAUUUGAUAAUGAUUAAUCAAUAGAUUUAUACAUAGAAGACACUUUAUUUUAGGGAUCUUUAAAAGAUUAUUAUAUAGAAUUAUUUUUGAUGGCUAAAGAUUAUAAUAAAUUUCGAUUAGCAAAUCUUACUUAUGAAAAUCUUUUUAUAAAAAAUUCUUUAAUAUGGGAUAUUUCCUUUACCUUGUCUGGAAGCUUUGCUUAAAUUUCUCAUAUAAAUUUUAUUAAUUGUGUAUUUUAAAAUUCAUCAAUAUUUAAUUUUCAUGGAAAAAUUGCUGAUAUAUAAAUUUUUGAUGUCACUUUUUAUAAGUGUAUCUUUUUAGAGUCAAUAGCUUUUAAUUUUUAAAUGGAUUAUCAAUAAAGCUUAAAACUUUAAAUUAUUAAAUUAAAUUUAAGUUAAAGUACUUUUUUAUAAUCUAAUUUGAUAACAAGUUAUUUUAUUCUGAUGCAAAAUAUUCAAGAUAUUUCUAUAACAUAAAAUAAUUUCACCAUUUCAAAAAUUUUUAUUUCUAAUUCUAAAUUUCAAAUAGUUGGACUAAAGUUUAUUUCUAAUUUGUUAUAGAAUUCAUGUAUUUUUAUUGCUUAAUAGAUUGCAGGAUAUAUUAUAGAAGCCAUCUAAUUUAUUGACAAUAAAUACAUUAACAAUCGAUUAGUAAAUUCAAUCAUUCUAGAUACAAAUUCUCAAAUGUAGAGUAAUUCUUUUUCUCUAUAUUUAAAGAAUAUUGUUUUUUAAAAUAACUAUGACAUAAAUUAUGCACAUUUGAACAGCUUUUUAUUUAACAUUUAAAGUAAAAGUUUAACAAUAAUUGAAUUAUACAUUAUAGAUUGUUAUAAUUUGCAGUUUUUUAAUUUUUAUUUGAUAGAUAAUAUAUAUUUUGAUAAAAUUGAACUUUUUAAUACUAUCCAAAUAACUAAGAUUCCCCUAAGUAUAGAAUGUGCUAAUUUUAAAUAACUUAAUAAAAUGUUUUUAAAAGCUUUUGGAAUACAAAACUUUACACUAACAAAUUUUUUAGUCUAAAAUUAUUUUUUUGUGGAUUAAACUUUGAUUUAUAUAUAAUCUUAGACCCAACAUGAUUCAUAAUUUAUAGAAUAGCUUUAUUUCUCAAAUCUAACAUUUACAUAGAAUAUAUUGCUAAAAAUUACAACUUAAAAUAUCUUCACUUUAUUAGCUAUUUAUUCAGCACACGAACAAAAUAUUUUGAUCAAAGAAAUAAAUUUUACUGAAAAUUUAUUUCAUCAAUACACUAAUGAUUUAUCUUCAUAAUCAAGUGGAUUAAUUUUUAUUGAUUCUUAUUUAAGCAAAGUUAAAAUUUCAAAUCUUUAUAAUUUUUAAAACAUUUUAGCAAACUCUUCACAUCCUUUUCAAUAUAUCAAAUCUAAUAUUAUUAUUAUAAAUAAUUUUGUCACAUCAAAUCUUAACAUUUUAUCGAAUGAAUUAUUUGAAAAAUAUUAUAACAUCUAAUUCUAAUCACAACUAAAAGAAGAAUUUAUUUAAGACGCAAGUUAGUAACUCUUAAUAAUUUAAAAUCAAGUAGGAGUACUUCAAGUAGCAACUUCAAUGUUUAUUUUUAAUAAUGGUACAUUUGAAAAAAUCAGAUCUUAGAACAGCGCUAUAUUUGCAAUAACAACCAAAGAUCCAGGAUUAAUUUCUAUAAAAAAUAUAAUUGUAUCUAAUAUUGAAGUUGAUUUAAUUUAAGAAUCUAAUAUUUAUGGAUGCAUUACUAUUUUUGCGUAAAGUAGCAUAUUAAAAUUUGAAAUAUAAAAUGCUAGUUUCAAAAAUGUAUUUAAUAUAUUUGGAUCUUCAAUUUUUACUAUUUUUCCAUCUCUCCAAUAAAAUAGGAUAGAAAUAAUAAAUAUUUAUAUAUAAGAUUGCUUGUCAUUUGUUAACCAAAUUUUAAAAUUAGAAUUUGCGAAAUAAACUAAAGAGUAAAACUUUAUCACAUUUUAAAAUAUUACUAUAAUCUAAAGGAUUAAUGCUUGGAUUCAAUACUUUUAAAGCAUUGGCCCACUAAGUUAUUAAGAGGUUAGUAAACUUUCAAAUGACAAUGCUAUAAUCAAUUUAAUAGGUUGCAAUAUCAAAAUUUUUAAUUUUUCAAUUGAAGGAGCAAUUAUAUCUCCAGUUUUAAAAAUAAUAGAUUGUAAUAACUUUUAAUUUAUACAUGGCAAUUUUUAUGAUUUAUUACUAUUUUUUCCUUUUGGCUUAAUUAGUAUUGAAUAGGAUAUUUCAAAAUAAAUGUCGAUAUCAUUAUCAAAAAUUAAUCUUAAGUCUAUUUCCUUUUAAUAAAACUCUGACGAUAUUAUUUUAAGAAAAAUAUCCUUAAAAAUUUUUAAUAAUAACAUAUUAUGUAUUCCAAUAUUUCAAAUAGAGAUUUCAUAUAAGAUUUAUUAAUUUUCAAAUAUAUUAGAUUAAAUAAAUUAAAAUUAUUAGCUGGCUAAUCCUUUAAUCUAUUUCUUUAGUAUUAACAAUAGUUCAAAAUUUAUACUGCAAGAAAUAUAUAUAACUAAUAUCAAUUGUCUUUAUUGUGAAUUAGGAAUUAUAAAUUUUGAUAUUAGGAAUUUUUAAUAAAUAAAAAUCUCGAAAUUAUUAUGCUAUUCAAACAGUAUUUAGAAAAAAGGUUGUAUUUCUAUAAUGUCAAAUAAUACUUUAAAAAAUAUUGCAGUUAUUAAGAAUUCAAAAUUUAUAAACAAUUAUGGUAGUCAAGGAGCUGGGCUUAGUUCUUCUAAUAUAAAUUUGAUAUUAAUUAGAUGUCUUUUUCUUAAAAAUUUUGCUUCCAUGAAUGGAGGUGCUAUUUAUUUUUAUUCCUAUUCAAAUUAUUUUAAAUUUUUUGAAGUCUCCAUAAUAAACAAUACAGCAAAAGUAGGAGGUGGAAUUUAUUUAAUUGGAAAUAAUAGUUUAAAUUAGUUUAAUUUUAUAAAAUCUUCAUUAUUAUUUAAUAAAGGCUUAAAAGGUAGCAAUAAUUUAGUUGAAAUACCAGAUCAUUUAGGUUUGUCAAUUAACAAUUAAGAAAUGAUUUCUUAUUAAAAUGAAGACAAUUCCUUUAGUACAAAUAUCCUCUAUCUAAAAGAAUAUUAAACAAUUUAAUAAGGUAGGAGAGUGAAAACAAGCCAUUUAAUGAUACCAAGCAAUUAAAAAAUUGGAAAUUAUAGUUUAUUUAGUACAUUCAGAUUAGAUUAUAAAGUAUUAAUACAUGAAAUUUCUAUUUCCUUUCGAAAUUAUAUGAAUGAAUUACUAACUUUAGAUGAUAAUUAAAUUUGUGAAUUAAGUUAAACUAUUGUAUCUGAAUAAGGUCUCAUAUUAUAUGAAUAAAAAUUUAUUUCCAAAUUAUCUUACAACUACUAAAGCAAUAAAUACGAUUUAGGAACUGAAAUUAUCUAAUUUGAUCCUUAUUAACAUUAUGAUAAAUAACUUAAAAUAUCAAUUGAUUGUAUUUUAUAGCAAAUAUCUAAAAGAUUAAGAUAUAUUAUCUACACUAAAACAUAUUUUUGCUAAUUAGGUGAAUAUUAUGUUGAUGAAGGUUGUUAAAAAUGCCAAUCAAAUCAAGGAUAUUAUUCUGUGACUUAUAAUGCGACUAAAUGUUCAAUAUUCGAUAAUAAAAAAUUUGAAAAUAUCACUUCUAAUUUAAUUUUCUUAAAAACUGGCUUUUGGAGAUCUAGUUAUACUUCUGAUCUAACAGAAUAAUGUUUUAAAAAUUUAAUUUUCUGUUAAGGUGGUUGGGACGUAGGAGAUUAAUCAUGUUAAUUAGGUCAUAUAGGAGGAUUAUGCGAAGAAUGUGAUAUUUAUAAUAUCAAAGGAUUUGGCCAAUAUUUUAAAAGUUAAACAAAUAUGUAAUGUUAUUUGUGUCCCAAAGAAUCUAUUAAUAUAUUACCUUUUAUUUUUGUAUCUAUAUGGUAAAAAUCUUUUUCAAUAUAGGUCACUUCUUUCGAUUUUUUUGUCAGUGAGGAGUAUCGAAAAAACAAAUUUAUUAUAUUCAUCUCUUAGUUUUAAAUAAAGAUUUAGAAGAAUAAUUUUCAAACUAAAUUAAGGUAUUCAUUAUUUUUAAUUAGAUCAUUAAAGUUUUUUAAUUAAGAUGUUACUAAAUUAUUUGUGGAUAUACUCAGUUAUUUUUAGCUUUAAUCUAAAUUUUACAUUUUCAAUUACAAUCCUUGAAUCAGUAAAUAAUUCUUCUCUUGUCUUAGCUAACAGUUUAGAUUGUUUUCUAUCAAAGUCAUUAGAUAUAGAACUUAUAUAUUUUAGAAUCAUAAUCAUUUUAGUAUUGAUUAUUGGUCAACUUUUAUUAUUUUGUAUUUGUUUCAAACUUCAUUCCAUUUUCUCUAACUAUUAUUUUAGAACUAGCAUUGUUACAAAUAUUGUUUUAUGCUUGUACCUUCAAAAUAAUGCUAUUUUAAUUAAACAGUAGAUUUAUAUCAUAUUAACUAGAUUUUUUUCAUUAUUAGCAAAGAGGUAGAUUUCAAGCAUUGAAUUUAUCUAAGGUGAUGUUUCUUUAAAAUUUGAAUCUUAAUCUCAUUAUAAAUGGAUUUUUACUUUUCUAUUACCAGGAGUUAUACUUAUAGGAUGUGGUAUACCUAUUUUGUUAUUUUUAUUAAUGAUUCUAAAAAAAGAGAAACUUGAAAGUAUUUAACUUCGUAGACAUAUCGGUUAUUUAUUCAAUGAAUACAAUUAGUCCAGUUAUUAUUGGGAAUAUAUUAAAAUUUGGAAAAAAAAUGUGAUAAUUAUAAUAGUUGUAUAUUUUGAGACAAACAUUUUUUUGAAGGCAUCCUUAUUGGGAAUAUGUUUAUUGUUAUAUUAAUCAUUAUCAUCACAUCAUUAACCAUUCAUAAUUAAAAGCUUAAAUAUAUUAGAUAUUUAAACUUGUUAAAUAUGUUCUUUAAUCAUUUAUUUAGCUGUGAUCAUUUUCAUAACUUAAUAAUAAAAUAAUUAAAUUUAUUCAGUAAUUUUAUAGAUAUUUAUUUUUUUGCUUUGGACCAGAAUUUUCUAUUCAUUUGUCAUACAAAUUAUAUUAACCUAUUUGAAGAAAUAUAAAAUUGCCAUUUUGACAUUUAUCUUAUAAAUAGCCAAAAAAAUUUAAAAUAAUUCAAAAUUAUCUAGUUAUUUGGAAAAAAACAUUUAAAGAUGGUAGUUAAGAAAUGGGAUUAUCAUAAAAAAUUAUUAAAAAGUGAAGUUAUAUUUAAUUUCUCUAUCUAAAGUAUAAAUAGAAAAUUAAAAGUACAUAUAAUUUUAAUUAGGUUACUAUAAAACUCAAACUUAAUUCCCUUAAGCUCUUUAAGGAUAAAAAUUUCAUCCUAAGAAAAUGAAAAGAAUUAACUCAUUUGA